AGUUCGUCGAUGCGAGCGAGUGUUUAGAAACACGUUGUGUUUACCGUGCGGUUUACAGAUACGCGGCUCGUCCCAUUGGUUAUAUUUAACGUGCGAGUACGAGUCCAGCCCGACUUAUCGAAGUUCGCUUCAAAGAUUUCACAAUACCGCGGAACAACGGGCCGGAUUUUUCGUGCAAUAUCCAUCGACGAGGAUAACCAAGAAGGCUGUGAGCGACGAGUAAUAAUAUAAAGCUAGAAAUGUUGCUGACUUAAAUACUCGUCGAAAGUACCGCACGAUCCGACCGGACGAUAUUCAAAUAUUAUUGGAGCCACGGACGAAGCGUACGUCAAACCUCAAGGGCUGAGCACCGCUGUUUUUUCCCGUGUUUUCCUCUCCCCGAUGACAGAGUCUCGAAAGCUAAACAAUCUUUAUCGACGAAGCGCGAAAAUAAUUCGGCUCGCGUCCCUCCUCGUCGUUGUCGACUCAAUGAAAUAAAGUUUAACGGUGCAUCGUGAAGAAGCAUAUACAAUCGAUGUCAUACAAUCUGCCCAUGAAAUGCAAGGUCAAGCGCGUGCGUUGCGUGCCGCGUGCUUACAUGAGGUCCCGAGGCUCUCUUGCAGAACGCCGAGCGGCGACUGAUCGUCGCAGCUACUGAGAUCGUCCCGCGACACGUCGAGGGCACCAUUGUCGGAAAGAGACGGAGUCUGACCGGUGGGCUUUGCCGAGGGUAGAGAGAGAAACGCGCUCGCUAGAGAUACCAGACAUCGUGGGAGACCUCGCAAUCAGAAAAUACGACACUGUUAAGCAGUUGGGUCGACGUAAACACGCACACACACACACGCCCCACGUGUGCGCGUGUGUGUGUGUAGGCGGGUGUACGCGCGCGUGGCUAUCGCUCUUGGAAGGUGUUUCGAAGCCGAAAGAAGAAUUGCGGAUUAGAAGAAAAAGAUUUUCGAGCCAAGUCAUCCCGUGGGAGAAGCUAGCGAAAUUUAUCGUCGCGGGCCCGAGGAAGAAUCGACGACGAGAUGAUCGGAACGUGACAGCCACGUGGCGAACGGCCUCCGAGGUGGAUAUCGCACGGGAACGAGGCUUUUUAACGGAGUAAUUGAAUUAAUGAAAAUCGUCAAGUACAAUCGCGAAGGAAUAGGCGGAUAAUCGUGUGUGCGAAUGUGGCACGACUCAAUGUUUGUGUUAAAUGACAUAAAAAGUGGUUGAAACUGGAAUUUAGGCUAGUGAGUGCACGCGAGUGUGACAGUGUAGAGAUUGAAUCUUGUGCAAUAUACGUAAUUGAUAAAUAUACCUCAGGAUUAUAAGUGUGCUGUUAUAAUACGUCCAUUUACGAUGGAUUGAAACCAAAUAUUUGUUCUCGUUUAUUCGUACGAAGCUAUUGGAUUAAAGUGGUCGUGGGUGGUGGUGGUGGUGGUGGGACGCGUCAAGUGAGACAAAAAUUAGUGCUAGUGCAGUGCGAAGAAAGAAACAAAUAAUAGUUAAAAGUGAGAAAAAUCGUGGCGGAGGACUGCUCGGUGUCGAGGCGUCUCUCGAGGUCACGGUUAAACUGAGAGAAACUAAAGGGGAAUACGGGAUAAGGUCCGAAGGGAGGAAUCGAGCAAGACAUUCGUAUACACGCCGCAGAGUCUUUCGGAAGAAUCGGCACGGGGGCGUCGUGGAGGGGGGAGUGAUGCCGGUAAGGGUGGCGCAGCGCCCCCCAGGUGGAAUUCUCCACUCCGGCCCGGUACCGGUUGCGGGAGGCGCAGGUCCGUUGGGUGGCGGAGGCCCGGGCCGUUGCCUCGGUGGCUCCUCGGUGGCAUCGCCACCACUGCCACCGUCCCUCAGCAGCCUCGGAUUACCACCGAAUACGAACAGCAACAAUAACAACAAUAGCAGCACCGCCAACAACAAUAACAUCAGCAACAGCGGUAACGGGAACAACGGUCAUCAUCCCGGUAAUCAUAGCAACGCCCAGCACCAUCAUCUUCAUCAUCAUCACCAUCAUCACGGGCUCAACAGCAGCGGCGGUGGCGGCGGCGGUGGCAGCGGCGGCGGCGGCGCCGGCGGCGGUAACACCGGAUCGGGCAACGGCAAUCUCAACAGCGGGUUAAUAGUUAACAGCGGGAACAAUAUAAACAACAUAAACAACGUGGUUGGAGGCGUCGGCGUGACCGGGCCAAACGCGCAAAAUCCACUGCAGGCGAUGGCCUCGGCGGCGGCGUCGCUGACUCAACUGAACAACAUGGCGAACGGCCCAUUACCGCCGCUCAACAGCGGUCCCAGCGGCCCGAAUCUACCGCCUCCUCAACCGGCCACGACCCCGACUCACGGCGGCCCGCCUACGCCCCACGGUCCUGGCGGCGGUGCACCCAGUGUCGGCGGAUCGGUCGGCCCCGGCGGCGGUCUCACCGGAGGACCCGGCCCCCAUCUCAACGGCGCUUCUCCCAGUCCCCAUUCGAUGCCCUCUCACGCCAUGAUGACCGGCUCACCGCAUGCCUCGCAUGCCUCCCAUGCCGCCCACCCCGCUCACAUGGGAGCCGGGGCCCCCGGUACCGGCGGACCCUCGCCGCACUCCCAUCACCCGGGCUCCCACAUGGUCGGCUCACCCCAUCAACCCGGACCGCACAUGCCUCCUGGCGGUAUGAUGGGACCUGGGGGCAUGCAACCCCAGGCCGGACCUCCGAUGUGCGGCCCUGGACCCGCUGGACCGAUGGGACCCCAUCCCCAUGGACCCCAAGGACCCGGCGUUCCUGCACAACCUCACAUGCAUAACGACCCGUUCUACUGCUCUCCCUUUGGUUCGCCCUACUACAGAUCGUUACCUGUCCCCAGGAGGCAUUCUGCUCCGUACUUUGGACAACCGGACUACCGACUCUAUGAACUCAACAAGCGAUUACAGCAGCGGACUGAGGACAGCGACAACCUCUGGUGGGACUCGUUCGCGAACGAAUUUUUCGAAGACGAUGCCACCUUUACGCUCACAUUCUGCUUAGACGAUGGACCCAAAAGAUACACAAUCGGUAGGACAUUAAUACCAAGGUACUUCCGUUCGAUAUUCGAGGGCGGAGUUACGGAACUUUACUACAACGUGAAGCACCCCAAGGAAUCUUUUCACAAUACGAGCAUAACGCUAGAUUGCGAACACUGCGUAAUGGUUACGCAUCACGGGAAACCGAUGGUUGCAAAGGUGUGUACAGAGGGAAGGUUAAUAUUGGAGUUCACUUUCGACGACCUCAUGAGGAUAAAGUCGUGGCACUUGUCCGUCCGAGGCCAUCGAGAACUUGUUCCGAGAUCGGUGGUAGGCAUGAACGUGUCGACUGCUCAACAGGAUCCUUCGGGACUAGAACAGCUCACCAAAAACAUCACCAGAAACGGAAUUACGAAUUCUACGCUUAAUUAUCUUAGGUUAUGCGUGAUAUUGGAACCGAUGCAGGAACUCAUGUCGAGGCACAAAGCGUACGCACUGUCGCCACGUGAUUGUCUGAAGACGACGCUGUUCCAGAAGUGGCAGAGGAUGGUUGCCCCGCCGGGUAAGAGAGAAUCUCAGAGGCCAACGAGUAAAAGAAGAAAGCGAAAGGGUAGUACAUCGGGACCUGGAAACACGGCUCCACCUGCACCUAGUAAAAAAAGAUCACCCGGACCAAAUUUUGCUCUCGCGUCGCAGGAUGUAAUGGUCGUUGGUGAACCGUCCCUGAUGGGUGGUGAAUUUGGUGACGAGGAUGAGAGGUUGAUAACGAGGCUCGAAAAUUCUCAAUACGACGCCGCGAACAGUCUCGAUCCUCACAGUCAUGACACGUCGGGUGGACCACCGCAACACCCCCACCAAUUUCAUUCGGAAUCAACACCGGGUAACUCUUGGCCACCGGAUCGUGGUCCAGGCCCACCACAGGGAGGACCCGGAAGUCAGGGAGUACAAGGACCUCAAGGUGGCGGAGGAGCAAGUGUACAGGGACCCCAGGAUACGAACCAGCAGCAGCAAGACAAGAAGAGCCCCGCGGUGAGCCAGUGAGGCCAGGAGUCCCCGCGGCCCUCCACCAGGGGCCGACGGGGGCGCAGGCCCAAAAACGUGGCUCCCUAGCGGGGCGAGAAUUCUAGUAUCCCGACCUCUUAUCUGACUUCAAUAACGGCCUCGCGAUAUACGUCAAAUCCCAUUGGUGUUUUACCGUCGAUCGCGUGUCACCCUGGACUCACGGUUUUACCCGAUCAACAGCAGCAACAGCAACACUCCCAACUUGGUCACGCC